UGAAAAUCGGUCUACGAGUUUCAAAUGUUACGGGUUGAAUUCGAACACACUGUAUAUCACUCACUCUUACUGCUCUAACUUAUGCUUCCAACCAUGGAACAUGACAAUUUGAGGGUUCUUGUUCUUGCGCAUUGAGCAGAAGCAUUUUCAGGCGAGCAAUUUGGAUGAGAUUUCCGGGUUGCUGGGAUAUGACAGAUAGAAGUUACGUCAGUGGUUCUCACCUGUUGCAUGGGCGUAUGAGGAAAAUCCUGAAACAGCAUUUGUUUCAGGUUUGGUUCCAAAAUAGACGAGCAAAGUAUCGUAAACAAGAGAAGCAGCUACAAAAGGCGCUGGCUCCUACGGUGCUCCCAGGAUGUAACGGAGCCAUGAUGAGGAAUAUUUAUCCAGGGGCAGCGAGGUCGUAUCAGCCCUACCCACAUCCCACAGCAAUAAACAGAUACCCGCAGAUGAGUACGAGUUCGUACCCAGGCAUGGCUCAAACUUUCUCAAUGUCACAUGGCACUAACAUGAGCACAGUGGCUGGUAUGAGGCAAGAUGCAAUGAGUAUGUCGGCUGAAGACGAAUGGUAUAACAAGAGUUUGUCAGCCUUGAGGAUGAACUCCACACAUCAUCCGAAUCUAGGAGCCCCAAUGUUGCAAUAUCAAACGUAAUAAAUACAGUUUUGUGAAUAAAAAGUAAGGAAAAUGAGAAUCAUUUUUAAAUGGAUAUUGACUUUUCUCAAUUUGUACAAAGUUACUUGUGAGCAUACCUAUUUUCGUUUUAGUUCAUCUGUAUAAAAUAUACUUAGGAUUUAUCUAGUCAAUCACUCUAGUCCUUGUUUUUGAAUGUACCUUUUCAUUGUUAAAUGAUAUUUUCUUGAUAUUAUUCAGAUUUUAUAUUUUAAUUUAAGGUAAAACUGCACUUAUCAUGCGAUGGGUUUUUGGUACAGGGUGAUUCGCCAUAAAUGCCCCCCCCUCUCUAGCUCAGUUAUUUUUGAACCGUUUACAAUAUCAUCUAAAAUGAUUUUCGAUAGAGUUUUUUUCCGCUAAAUCAGAAAAUACAAGGUGCUCGGAACAAACGAUCUACAGGGUACUAUUUGAUUUUUUCAAAUGGAACAACCUAUUAUUCGUUGUAUUUUUAGAUUCUCCCUGAAGAGCUGAUUUCAUCAAUGUAUCACACUUGGGGUCUAGCGGGAAUGAUUACAGAGAUAUAGGGUUUUCAAAAUCGGGAUUUUUCAACUUUAGGAUUUUUC